UUCCCAAUAAAUAUUUUAUAUAUAAAACCCUUUUUGCCUUAACACCCAUAUCUACAUUUUUUACACGUACAUACCUUGCUUGCAUUCUCAAAAACUCAAUCUUCUUCUUCAUCUUCUUUUUUGCCCUACUUGUUGGGGUUUCAGAUGCUCUUGAGCUUUGUUUUCCUGAUAAUAACAAUAACAACGACAACAGUUGUGUGUGGAGGGUUUUGUGCUUCUGAGGCAUUGUUUGGAUUUUGUUUCUUCUGGUUUAUUAGUCUUUGCUCAUGCCUACCCUUGUCAAUUACAGUGGUGAUGAUGAAUUCUAUUCUGGGGGUUCUUUUUACCCAAAUCCUAUGGAUUUGGGUUGCUUGUUCUCAAUUGUUUCCCAAGUGGAUGUGUACUGCCCCCCAAGCAAGCGGCCUCGAAUUAGUGCCCCAUUCAUCUUUGGAAGAAAUGAACUUGAGCAGGACAAGAAACCUUCCAUUGAAGUUCUUCCUGAUGAAUGCCUUUUUGAGAUCUUCAGACGCCUUGAUGGAGGCAAAGAGAAGAGCUCUUGUGCUUGUGUCUCCAAGCGUUGGCUUAUGCUUUUGAGUAGCAUCCGUAAGGCUGAAAUUUGCCAUGAGUUGCCGGUUUCUAAUGAUGUUGAUAUGGUCACUGGUGAUGAAGAUCAAGAUCUUGAAAGUGAUGGAUACCUUUCAAGGUGUUUGGAAGGGAAGAAAGCUACAGACAUUAGGCUUGCUGCAAUUGCAGUUGGAACUAGUAGCUGUGGGGGACUAGGAAAGUUAUCAAUCCGAGGAAGCAACUCUCUUCGUGGGGUCACAAACCUUGGCCUCUCAUCUAUUGCCCAUGGUUGCCCUUCUCUCAAGGCUCUUACUUUGUGGAAUGUUCCUUAUAUUGGAGAUGAUGGACUAUCUGAGAUAGCUAAAGGAUGCAAUUUGUUGGAGAAGCUUGACCUUUGCCAGUGUCCCACAAUUUCCAACAAGGCUUUGAUUGCAAUUGCAGAGAAUUGCCCAAAUUUAACUUCUUUGAAUAUUGAAUCAUGCUCAAAGAUUGGGAAUGAGGGCUUGGAAGCUAUUGGAAGGCUUUGCCCCAAGUUACACAGUGUCUCUAUCAAAGAUUGUCCCCUUGUUAGGGAUCAUGGAGUAUCAAAUCUUUUGUCUACAGCUUCUAUGUUGUCAAAGGUCAAGCUUCAGAGCGUGAACAUCACAGAUUUCUCCCUUGCCGUGAUUGGGCACUAUGGCAAAGCCAUUACAAAUCUAGUCCUUAGUGGUCUCCAAAAUGUGAGUGAGAAAGGCUUUUGGGUCAUGGGUAAUGCCCAGGGUCUCCAAAAGCUGACGUCGUUGACAGUUACUUCUUGUCGUGGGAUAACAGAUGUGAGUCUUGAAGCCAUCGGGAAGGGAUGCAUCAACCUGAAGCAGAUGUGCCUUCGCAAGUGCUGCUUUGUAUCCAACAAUGGAAUGGUAGCUUUUGCCAAAGCCGCAGGAUCACUGGAGUGCCUCCAAUUGGAAGAGUGUAACAGGGUCACCCUAUCAGGGAUUGUUGGUGCCCUCUCAAACUGUGGUACAAAGUUGAAGUCUCUUACCCUAGUGAAGUGUAUGGGAAUCAGGGAUAUGGCUUUGGGAUUUGCCAUGCCCUCUCCUUGCACGUCUCUUCGAUCCUUGUCCGUAAGAUACUGCCCUGGAUUUGGUACUGCUAGCCUGGCUAUGGUGGGUAAGUUGUGCCCUCAGAUUCAGCAUGUAGACUUGAGUGGACUUUGUGGAAUAACUGAUCCUGGGCUUCUCCCUCUUCUAGAGAGCUGCGAAGCAGGACUUGUGAAAGUGAAUCUCAGUGGCUGCUUUAAUAUCACAGAUGAUGUAAUUUUGGCCUUGGCUAGGCUACAUGGAGGAACCCUCGAGCUGCUCAACCUUGAGGGAUGCAGGAAGAUUACUGAUGCUAGCUUGGUGGCAAUUGCAGACAAUUGCUUGUUACUCAACGAUCUAGAUGUGUCAAAGUGUGCGAUCACUGACUCUGGUGUUGCAGUGCUUUCUCGUGCAGAGCAGCUCAGUCUGCAGGUCCUUUCAUUGUCAGGUUGCUCUAAAGUAUCAAACAAGAGCAUACCUUUCCUGGAAAAAUUGGGUAAGACGCUGGUGGGAUUAAAUGUCCAACACUGCAAUUCAAUCAGCAGUAGUACAGUUGAGCUGCUCCUAGACUCUUUGUGGAAAUGCGAUAUUCUCUCCUAAUCGGGGAUGGAACCUUACACUUUUGCUGGAUCAAGAGGCGGAGAUAUUCUCUCCUAAUCGGGGAUGGAACCUUACACUUUUGCUGGAUCAAGAGGCGGAUAUAGCGGUGUUGAAUCAGAUUAGGAAAUCCAAAACUCUAGUAUGACCUCAAAAUAUAGUAGAUGCAUAAAGCUCUUAAGUCAACUCACAUGGUUGGUAGUUUCAGCAUACCUUUUCGGCCCAUCCUCAGUGGGGGUGCCUAUGGCUCAGUGGCUUGGUUGUUUUCCGGGGGACUCUGGCAGAUCACUUAUCCAACCUUUUUUGCAGGCUUUCCCAAUAUAGGAAAGCUUGUUCAACUAUUUUGCUCCCCAUUAAUGGGAGGCUUCUUACUUUAUUGCCAUGGUUCCCUGAGAAUACAGUUACCAAGUCCUGGUUUGAGGUUCCCACUUGCUCCUGGUUUUGUUUGCUGGAUGUUCAUACCCCCCAGUGUUUUAGCUUGGUUACAGGUUUUCGAGAGUGUUAAGCUUUCUUUAUUUCCAGUCUCACAAAGUCUGUUGUCAGAUUCAGUCCAAGUUAGUUUUUAGUGUCUAAUAAGGUUCCUGAAGUUGUUUGGGAUCCUUGUUUUCUACAUUCACAAGUGUGGUUGCUUUGUGCAGUUCUAAGCGAUGGUUUCCUUGGAUAUAUUGGUUGUAGCAUGCAGUGGUGGUGGCAGAUACUUCAUCGUGUUUGCCAUGACAACCUUGUUGGUUGUUGUUGUUAUUGCUGUCUUUAGCUUUUGCAGGUUUCUCUUGUUUAUGGAUUGUACACUGCAACUACUUUGUUGUUUAGUAAUGAAAUGGGGUCUUUUUUGUUUUGUA